ACUGCAGCAAAUGUUUGCUGCAAUAGCGGAUAUUGCGCCGACCUCUGUAGCGCGCGGCCAAUGAGAAUGAGUCUGGGUGGCAGCCCGGCUGCCGCACGUGUUUCCGCUCUGCCUGUAACCUGCUGCAUGUUGUGGAUUUUCUCUUUCUGUCAAGGUUUUGGAAAUAUUCUCUGUCAUGUGCCUUUGAAAGUCCAUGACAGUCAAAAAAAAUAUGGGCUACAUAUGAGAAAAGUAAACGUGUCUACAUUACUCAGCAAGAUGGAAGAAAACGAAGCAAGUAAUCUUUCUGUAAAACGUCCUUGCCCAGAUCAUGGUGAAGACCAAUGUGAGCAAGACCAUCAUAAAAAGACCAAACUUUCAGAACCUAGUGCUUCUAAUCCGUCUACUUUUUGCAAACAUACUGAGAGUAUUGAAAGUGGUUUGCAGGCCGUUUCUUCCAGCCCAGAUGAAAAUAAUGGAAAAAGCAUUGUGGAAGAAGCAGAUGCCGUGCUUCAGGAGGACGAAGAAGGCAAUGGAGACAGCUUUGCUGAUAUGAUGAAACACGGCUUGGUUGAGCAGGAUGUUGGAAUCACAAAGUUUGUCAGCAUUCAUGAAGGCUUCUCAGGAAUACUAAAGGAAAGGUAUUCCGAUUUUGUUGUGCAUGAAAUAAACAAGGAAGGAAAGGUAGUUGUUCUGGAUGAUUUGUCUGUACCAAAUGAUGAUGAUGAGGAACCUUCAGAGGACAUUUUUUCUGUCUUGUCUUCUCAAGAUAAAGAACGCUUGGAAGAUCUUCAACUUUUUAAAAAUAAGGAAGAUUCAGUGAUGAUUGAGGUUGUUGAUGAUACUAAAGAAAAAAGAACAGUUAUUCAUCAAGCUGUGAAGAGUCUAUUUCCUGGACUUGAGACUAAGACUGAAGAAAGAGAGGGAAAGAAAUUUAUCAUAGCUUACCAUGUUGCUGGGAGAACUGCAUUGGCAAAUCCAAGAAAACAUUCGUGGCCCAAAAAUAGGGGAAGCUACUGUCAUUUUGUGCUAUAUAAGGAAAACAAAGAUACAAUGGAUGCCAUUAAUGUGUUGUCUAAAUUCCUAAGAGUCAAACCAAACAUUUUUUCAUACAUGGGGACCAAAGAUAAAAGGGCUAUAACUGUUCAAGAAAUUGCAGUUGUAAAAAUCACAGCACAGAGACUUUCGCAUCUGAACAAAUGUUUAAUGAACUUCAAGCUAGGGAACUUCAGUUAUAAAAAAUAUCCCUUAAAGUUGGGAGAAUUGCAAGGAAAUCAUUUUAAAGUUGUUCUAAGGAAUAUCACUGGAUCAAAUCAGCAGAUAGAGCAUGCCAUGACUUCACUCAGGGACAUCGGAUUUAUUAACUAUUAUGGAAUGCAGCGAUUUGGAACAACAGCAGUUCCUACUUACCAUGUGGGAAAAGCAAUUCUACAAAAUAAUUGGAGUGAAGUUAUUGAUCUGAUCCUGAAGCCACGUCCAGGCGCAGAGAGAGGUUAUUUGGUCAAAUGUAGGGAAGAAUGGGCGAAGACCAAGGACCCUGAAGCUGCAUUGAGAAAGCUUCCUGUAAAAAGAUGUGUAGAAGGACAGUUGCUUCGAGGUCUGGCGAAAUAUGGAAUGAAGAACUUUGUUUCUGCAUUUGGUAUGAUUCCAAGAAAUAAUCGAUUAAUGUACAUUCACAGUUAUCAGAGCUAUGUGUGGAAUAACAUAGUGAGUAAACGGAUUAACGAGUAUGGACUAAAAGCAAUGGCAGGAGAUUUGGUACUGAAAGGAGGAACAGCAGUUCCAAUUCAGGGAUCAGACGAAGAGAAAUAUACCAUACAUGAUGUGGUAUUGCCUUUGCCUGGAUUUGAUGUUAUCUACCCAGAACAUAAAAUUGGGAAUGCCUAUGAAGAAAUGAUGGCUGCAGAUGGCUUGAAUAUAAAUAACAUGAGACACAAAAUUAGAGACUAUUCAUUAUCAGGAGCAUACCGGAAAAUCAUCAUUCAUCCUCAGAAUGUUACAUGGGAAAUUCUAGGGUAUGAUGAUAAGAAAAUUUCAUUGGUUCAGACUGAUGUGGAAAAGUUGGAAGGAGUACCUUUGCCAAAGAUUUCCAAAGAUGGUCACUUUAAAGCAUUGAAAAUGGCUUUCUCACUUCCCCCCUCUACUUAUGCAACCAUGGCAAUUCGAGAGGUACUCAAAAUGGAUACAAGCAUCAAAAAUCAAACUCAGCUGAACACUAUCUGGUUGCGAUAACCUGAUUAAUGUACCCAUAUGGUUUUUAACAGCCACUGAAAUAUUUAGAAAAAAAUCUACUUUUAUUUAGCUUGUUAUGUGAAUGAACAUAUUUUAGAAUUGUUUUACUAAUGUUGGAGGGUUGAUUUUAUUUUUCACAUGUUUGUAAAACUUAAUGGCUUUAAGCAAAAUAUAACAACACUGCUCAAUAAACAUCUUUAGUAUUAUAUAAA